AUUUUAUUUAACCAAGUGGAAAAACGCCAAAGCCAACUCAUGAACUCAAUGUUUGUUUAUUUCGAUAUCACUACACUAUCUCUAGUUUUCUUUCAUGAAUUACUUUGAAAUUUAAGAAAUUCGCCGUCGUCAAUAAAAUCACGCCAUGGCGAGUUUAGUGACGAAAAACUUCGGUUUGCUGACAAGAUUUGCCAAAACAGUGUCCAAUGGAUCGCAAAGGCUAUCCUCACAUUUUAUUUACUAUCCUGACAAUGAAAAACCGGUCGAAGGUGAGAUGGCAAAAAUGAACAUGAUGCAAGCUAUCAACAAUGCCAUGGACAUCACUUUGAAACAGGACUCCUCAGCCGUGCUGUUUGGUGAAGAUGUGGGCUUUGGUGGAGUCUUCCGAUGUGCACUUGGCUUACAGGAGAAAUAUGGCAAGGACCGGGUUUUCAACACUCCACUGUGCGAGCAGGGUAUAGCAGGGUUUGCCAUAGGCCUAGCCACUGCUGGGGCCACCGCCAUAGCAGAGAUACAGUUCGCUGACUACAUCUUCCCUGCAUUUGAUCAGCUAGUAAACGAAGCAGCGAAGUACCGGUACCGGUCCGGAGGGCAGUUCGACUGCGGAGGCCUAACGGUGCGCGCGCCGUGCGCGGCGGUGGGGCACGGCGGGCUGUACCACUCGCAGAGCCCGGAGGCGUUCUUCGCGCACGCUGCCGGACUUAGGGUGGUAGUCCCCCGCGGCCCCAUCGCCGCUAAAGGUCUACUUCUCUCCUGCCUGCGUUCCCGGGACCCCUGCGUGUUCCUGGAACCCAAGAUCCUUUACCGCUCCGCUACCGAAGAUGUACCUGUUGAGGACUAUACGCUACCGCUAGGACAGGCACAGCUGCUUAGAGAAGGCUCAGAAGCAACGCUCAUAGGCUGGGGCACGCAACUGCACGUAUUGCUGGAGGUGGCAGACCUGGCUAAGGACAAACUCGGAGUCAGCUGUGACGUGAUCGACCUGCAGUCCAUCCUACCCUGGGAUCAGGAGACCGUGUGCAACUCAGUGAAGAAGACCGGACGUUGUUUGAUAUCUCACGAGGCGCCGCUAACUUCAGGUUUUGGAGCUGAAUUAGCUGCUACUAUACAGAACGAGUGCUUCCUGCACCUAGAGGCGCCGGUGUCCCGCGUGGCGGGCUGGGACGCGCCGUUCCCGCACGUGUUCGAGCCUGUGUACCUGCCCGACAGGUGGCGCUGCUACUCCGCACUCACACAGCUGCUCGACUACUAACUCUAUUCCUGUUAUACAUAAAUAUAGUGUGUUCCCUUUUGUUACCGGCGGAUAGUUGCACUAUUAACACAUUCAGUAUCAGACAAAAAAUGUCGCACUCCGUCAGAAACCGGUCGUAAUUUAUAACCGCCCGCUUGUAUGGCGAGAACCCGCGGGGCGGGUUCUUCGGCAUCUGACCAAAGUUGUCCACCAGGCGGAUAGUUAUAGUAUGAAUUUCACCGCACCAUUACGGGAGCGCGACCCCACACAGCCACCGCAGCGGAGACGCUUAAGUGGCCUUUCACACCCAGAUACCCAAGCAGGCGGGUUCUCAGGUGUCGAACACAUUAGUAUGAAUCAUUCCAGUCUCUUUUUUGACGAGGGUGGGGGCAGCUCACUCCACGAUUCCGUUGUGGAGCUAAAAGUAACGUGCCGGCUUGCCGAUACACCCUAUUUAUUCAUCAGUAGUUAACGCACGCUCUCAGAAACUGUACUCUUGUACAGUCAAGGUAAAUAUGUAUAUACAACUUUAUUGCUUAUAUGUUAAGAUUGUAUACACAUAUUUGUGGCACUUUGUUCGCAACUCUGUAUAUUAAAACUAAUAACUUGUUAUUAUAAUUAUAUUCUGUAUCGAAGGUCAUAUAUACAUAUGACAAGGGUCACGUGGUACAAAGGAAAUAAACCAAAAAAUUGCCAAUGCGUAAAGCUUACU